AUGCUGUCAAGGGGUGGGAAAAGCACUUGGGAGGCACCCGGAGGCUGCAAUGGUCUAAGGACCCAGCAGAAAGGUGGAGCAGAGGUGAUGUCAGGACAGGCAGGGGCCCGGCCCAAGGAUAUUGUCCAGUCUGUCUGGGUCGUGUAUGUUCGCCCCUGGAUCUUGGUCCCUGCAAUGGCCAGUCAUGCCAUUGACGAGGUGGUGACAUUCAAGGAUGUGGCUGUAGACUUCACCUGGGAGGAGUGGUGCCUCUUGUCCCUUCCCCAAAAGGAGCUGUACAAGGAGGUGAUGCUAGAGAAUGCCUGGAACUUGCUCUCUGUGGAAGGAGAGAUGAGACCUGAAAUGAAGGUGACUCCAAGAGAAGUGAGCCUCUCUGUGAAAGAAAUGGGCCAAAAAAGAUUCAUGAGUGAUGGUCCCGAUAACUUAGCUUUGAGAGAAUUUGUUGUUGAAGCUCAAAAUUCAUCCCUUAUUAAACAACAAAGAAUACACACUGGGGGAAAAUCUAGAGAAUAUAAUCAGUGCGGAAAGACUUCUAUGUACAGGGCCAGUCUUGCUAUACAUCAGAGAAUCCAGACUGGGAAGAAACACUAUGAAUGCAAGCAGUGUGGAAAGACAUUCAAUUUCAGCUGCCAUCUUGCUGUACAUCAGAGAAUCCACACUGGGGAGAAACCUUAUGAAUGCAAUCAGUGUGGAAAGACAUUCAAUUUCAGCUCCUGUCUUUCUGUACAUCAGAGAAUCCACACUAGGGAGAAACCUUAUGAAUGCAAUCAUUGUGGAAAGACAUUCAUUCAGAGCUCCCAACUUGCUGUACAUCAGAGAAUUCACACUGGGGAGAAACCUUAUGAAUGCAAGCAAUGUGGAAAGACAUUCAGUCAGAGCUAUAGUCUUUCUGUACAUCAGAGAAUCCACACGGGGGAGAAACCUUAUGAAUGCAAUCAGUGUGGAAUGUCAUUCAGGUACAGCUCCCGUCUUUCUGUACAUCAGAGAAUCCACACUGGGGAGAAACCUUAUGAAUGCAAUCAGUGUGGAAAGAUAUUCAGUCAGAGCUCUGGUCUUGCUGUUCAUCAGAGAAUCCACACUGAGGAGAAACCUUAUGAAUGCAAUCAGUGUGGAAAGACAUUCAGUCAGAGCUAUGGUCUUUCUGUACAUCAGAGAAUCCACACUGGGGAGAAACCUUAUGAAUGCAAUCAAUGUGGAAAAACAUUCAGGGAUAGCUCCCAUCUUUCUGUACAUCAGAGAAUCCACACUGGGGAGAAACCUUAUGAAUGCAAUCAGUGUGGAAAGGCAUUCAGUCAGAGGUCCUAUCUUGCUAAACAUCAGAGAAUCCACACUGGGGAGAAACCUUAUGAAUGCAAUCAGUGUGGAAAGACAUUCUGUCACAACUAUGAUCUUGCUGUACAUCAGAGAAUCCACACUGGGGAGAAACCUUAUGAAUGCAAUCAUUGUGGGAAGACAUUCAUUCAGAGCUCCCGACUUGCUGCACAUCAGAGAAUCCACACUGGGGAGAAACCUUAUGAAUGCAAUCAGUGUGGAAAGACAUUUAGUCAGAGGUCCUAUCUUGCUAAACAUCAGAGAAUCCACACUGGGGAGAAACCUUAUGAAUGCAAUCAGUGUGGAAAGACAUUCAGGUACAGCUCCCAUCUUUCUGUACAUCAGAGAAUCCACCCUGGGGAGAAACCCUAUGAAUGCAAUCAGUGUGGAAAGACAUUCAGUCAGAGCUAUGGUCUUUCUGUACAUCAGAGAAUCCACACUGGGGAGAAACCUUAUGAAUGCAAUCAGUGUGGAAAGACAUUCAGUCAGAACUAUGGUCUUGCUGUACAUCAGAGAACCCACACUGGGGAGAAACCUUAUGAAUGCCAUCAGUGUGGAAAGACAUUCAAUUUCAGCUGCCAUCUUGCUGUACAUCAGAGAAUCCAUACUGGGGAGAAGCCUUAUGAAUGCAAUCAUUGUGGAAAGACAUUCAUUCAGAGCUCCAAUCUUGCUGCACAUCAGAGAAUCCACACUGGGGAGAAACCUUAUGAAUGCAACCAUUGUGGAAAGACAUUCAGUCAGAGAUCCUAUCUUGUGAAACAUCAGAGAAUCCACACUGGAGAGAAAACUUUUGAAUGCAAGCAAUGUGGAAAGACAUUCAUCUCUGUUUCAUCCCUUUUUAAACAUCAAAGAAUACACACUGGGGGAAAAUCUAGUGAAUGUAAUCACUGCGGAAAGACUUUUAUGUACAGGGCCUGUCUUGCUAUACAUCAGAGAAUCCACACUGGGAAGAAACCCUAUGAAUGCAAGCAUUGUGGAAAGACAUACAAUCAGAUGUCCAGGCUUGCUGUACAUCACAGAAUCUACACUGGGGAAAAACCUUGUGAAAACAAUCAGUGUGGAAAGACGUUCAGGAACGGCUCUAAUCUUACUGUACAUCAGAGAGUCCACACUGGGGAGAAACCUUAUGAAUGCAAGCAUUGUGGAAAGACAUUCAAUUUCAGCUCCUAUCUUGCUGUACAUCAGAGAAUCCACACUGGGGAGAAGCCUUAUGAAUGCAUUCAGUGUGGAAAAACAUUCAGUCAGAGCUAUGGUCUUGCUGUACAUCAGAGAAUCCACACUGGGGAGAAACCUUAUAAAUGCAAUCAGUGUGGAAAGACAUUCAUUCAGAGCUCCCAACUUGCUGUACAUCAGAGAAUUCACACUGGGGAGAAACCUUAUGAAUGUAAUCAGUGUGGAAAAACAUUCAGUCAGAACUAUGGUCUUGCUGUACAUCAGAGAAUCCACACUGGGGAGAAACCUUAUAAAUGCAAGGAAUGUGGAAAGACAUUCAGUCAGAGCUAUGGUCUUGCUGUACAUCAGAGAAUCCACACUGGGGAGAAAGCUUAUGAAUGCAAACAGUGUGGAAAGACAUUCAGGGAGAGCUCCCAUCUUACUGUACAUCAGAGAAUCCACACUGGGGAGAAACCUUAUGAAUGUAAUAAGUGUGGAAAAACAUUCAAUUUCAGCUCCUAUCUUGCUGUACAUCAGAGAAUCCACACUGGGGAGAAACCUUAUGAAUGCAGACAGUGUGGAAAGACAUUCAGGGAGAGCUCCCAUCUUUCUGUACAUCAGAGAAUCCACACUGGGCAGAAACCUUUUGAAUGCAAUCAGUGUGGAAAGACAUUCAAUCGCAGGUCCUGUCUUGCUGUACAUCAGAGAAUCCAUACUGGGGAGAAACCUUAUGAAUGCAAACAGUGUGGAAAGACAUUCAGGGACACCUCCAAUCUUGCUGUACAUCAGAGAAUCCACAGUGGGGAGAAACCUUAUGAAUGCAAGAAAUGUGGAAAAACAUUCAGGGAAAGCUCCAAACUUGCUGUACAUCAGAGAAUCCACACAGGGGAGAAACCUUAUGAAUGCAAGCAAUGUGGAAAGACAUUCAGUCAGAGCUCUGGUCUUGCUGUACAUCAGAGAAUCCAUGCUGUGAAGAAAACAAGUCAACCAAUGUGAAAAAAACAAUCACAAUGAGUUCCACUCUUACUCAUCAUCAGAGAAUCCACACUCUUGUGGUGAAAGUUUAUCACACCAAGCUAAUUAGGUUUAUUGAGAGGAGGCCAAACUCUGAUUAAAGCUGAACCCUGGUUUGGAUCAGGACCAGACAAAAAGCCUUAGGAGAUAAAUCUUUUUUAUAGAAUCUGAUGACAUCCUGUCCUAAAAGACACACUGAAUAUAGAAUUGUUUCACAUGGACAGAUUGUGCAAGUGCUUAUGAUAUCCUGUCCUAAAAGACACACUGAAUACAGAAUUUUCUUUUUUUAAUAUUUAUUUUUUUAGAAAAAUUUUCCAUGGUUACAUGAUUCAUGUUCUUCCUUUCCUCUUCACCCCUCUAAUCUUCCCUCAUAGUCAAUGCACAUUUCCACUGGUUUUAACAUUAAAUACAUAAUUUUCAUAUGGACAGAUUGCACAAGUGCUAAAUAAGCCAGAAAAUUA